AUGGCCACGUCAGCGCUCAACCCAAACGCGCCGAUAUUCGUGCCGACGGCGUACCGCGCAGUGGAGGAUUUCUCUGACCAGUGGUGGGACCUCGUCCAGUCCUCACCCUGGUUCCGCGACUACUGGCUCCACGAGUGCUUCUCAGAUCCCCAAAUCGCCCCGCCUUUCUCCGAUGUCGCCGGCGCCGGCGACGCCCAGGACGGCGUCGAAUCGGCCGGAGACGCCGCGUCGAAAGAGCGGGGAGGCGGCGCAGAUCUGGUGGCGCUGGGGUGGUUGAAGUGGCGGCGUCCGCGCGGAGGGGCGGAGGCGGCGCCGAGGUACUGUGAGAAAGCGCCGAAGUUCGUGAGUGCGAGGGUCAGCCCGAGGCCGAUUCAGCAGCCGCGUUAG